UAUAUAUUGGCUGUUUCCAUCUUACUAGGUAUUCUGCAAUCCCUCCAUAUUUAUUACUCACUUUUGGCAAACUAUUAACCAAAAGCUAAAUACCAGUAAAAUUUUGUGGAGUUUGGAGAUGGAAGAGAAGGUUUUGAGAUCAAGAUUCAAGAGGGUUUGUGUGUUCUGUGGCAGCAGUACUGGGAAGAGGAACUGCUACAAAGAUGCUGCCAUUGAACUAGCUGAAGAGAUUGUUUCAAGGAAGCUCGACCUUGUAUAUGGAGGAGGGAGCAUUGGGCUGAUGGGUCUGGUUUCCCAGGCUGUUUAUCAUGGUGGAGGGAAUGUUCUUGGGAUCAUACCAAGAACUCUAAUGUGUAAAGAGAUUACAGGUGAAACAGUUGGAGAGGUAAGGCCAGUAGACGACAUGCACCAAAGGAAGGCAGAAAUGGCCCGCCAUUCUGAUUGCUUCAUUGCCCUACCAGGUGGCUAUGGAACCUUGGAGGAGUUGCUAGAAGUGAUCACUUGGGCACAGCUUGGAAUCCAUGACAAACCAGUUGGUUUGCUGAAUGUUGAUGGAUACUACAACUACCUCCUCACUUUUAUUGACAAAGCCGUGGAUGAUGGCUUUAUCAAGCCUUCCCAGCGCCACAUCAUAGUCUCUGCCCCCAGUGCCAAAGAGCUUGUCCAAAAACUUGAGGAGUAUGUGCCAGUGCAUGAUGGAGCCAUAGCCCAAGCAAGGUGGGAGGUUGAGCAGCACCACCACCAGAAGGUGGUGGUGGGGUUCAAUGCAGGUGCCGCAGCUGUUGCUUUGCAGGCAGAGAUAGCUUUGUAAAGGAGUUUUUAGACAAAUGGAAAGGAAAGGAUGAAUGUUAGGGAAAAAGAUGUUGCUUUUGGGUCUCUGAUUUUGGUCAUAAAAUUAUUAAUUUAAGACCAGGCAUACCAUAAUGGUAUGACAAGGUUUGAUUGACAAGGAGAUAAAAAGGAAAAACUACAACGCUGACUGGUGACUGGUGACUGCUCUCCAAAUCUUUUUGUUGUUUUAAUUUAGUUUUAAUGUCUUAUUAGUUAUUGAUUAAGCUUUAUUAAUUAAGUUUAUGGAAUAUUAAUCUCUGUUUGUAUUUUGUGAUCCUCCGGAAUUUAUGUACAAAAAUUAUUAUAUAGAAAGAAUAACAUGCAAGAUCGAAAAAAAAUUGCAGCAGCAGCUGCCACCUUUCUUCUCUCUA